UUUUAUCCGUUGGGAAUGAAGUGGAUGCGGUUGCCCAUCAUCUUCACCCUCAGGGCUCCGGGUGCUUCCGUUCCUUCCGGCAACGCUUUUCCAUGGAUCGAAUCCUGUCGUUGCCGCUGGUUCGGUGCAGGGCCGGAGCCGCCUGCCUGCAGCGCUCAUCCCGGUUUCCGUGCUCUUCCCAGGUUACGGAGAAGUGUGGUUGGCGCAGAAGGUGCUCAAGAAGCACAAUUGGAACGUUCAGCCAAGUGUUGGGGAGCAAAAAUGCGUCCGAUGCGGAUCUUUGUGAACGACGACCGGCACGUGAUGGCCAAGCACUCGGCCGUCUAUCCGACGCAGGAGGAACUGGAAGCCGUGCAGAACAUGGUUUCCCACACGGAACGGGCGCUCAAAGCCGUUUCCGACUGGAUCGACGAGCAGGAAAAGGUCAGCGGGGAACAGCCAGAAACGGAGUCCAUGGAGACGGCGGCCGAUGAGGAGAACAAGGAAGGAGGGGAUCAGAAAUCCACGGAGCAGCUGACCCGCACCCUGCGUGGGGUGAUGCGUGUGGGGCUGGUGGCCAAAGGCCUCCUGCUGAAGGGGGACCUGGAUCUGGAGCUGGUUCUCCUCUGCAAGGACAAACCCACCACGGACCUUCUGGAGAAGGUGGCGGAUAACCUCGGAGUGCAGCUUGCGGCCGUCACGGAGGACAAGUACGAGAUCAUCCGAUCGGUUGGAGACGCUGCCAUCGUCAUCAAGAACACGAAGGAGCCGCCCUUGACGCUCACCAUCCACCUGACGUCGCCCGUGGUCCGGGAGGAGCUGGAGAAGCAGAUCGCCGGAGAAACGCUCUCAGUCUCCGACUCCCCGGACGUUCUGGACAGGCAGAAAUGCCUUGCUGCCUUGGCGUCUCUGCGACACGCCAAGUGGUUCCAGGCCAGGGCGAACGGGCUGAAAUCCUGCGUCAUCGUCAUCCGAGUGCUGCGAGACCUCUGCACCCGCGUUCCCACUUGGGCGCCGCUCCGAGGAUGGCCUCUGGAGCUGCUGUGUGAGAAAUCCAUCGGAACGGCCAACCGGCCGAUGGGCGCCGGCGAGGCCUUACGCCGGGUCCUGGAAUGCCUCGCUUCUGGAAUCGUCAUGCCAGAUGGUUCUGGUAUUUAUGAUCCUUGUGAAAAAGAAGCCACUGAUGCUAUUGGGCAUCUAGACAGACAACAAAGGGAAGAUAUCACACAGAGUGCUCAGCACGCUCUGAGACUCGCGGCUUUUGGCCAACUCCACAAAGUGUUGGGAAUGGAUCCUCUUCCUUCCAAAAUGCCCAAGAAACCAAAGAACGAGAACCCCGUCGACUACACUGUCCAGAUCCCUCCCAGCACCACGUACGCCGUCACCCCCAUGAAACGCCCGAUGGAGGAGGACGGGGAGGAGAAGUCUCCCAGCAAGAAGAAAAAGAAGAUUCAGAAAAAAGGUAUUGAGCUGACGCGAGAGGAAAAGCUGGAGCCUCCGCAGGCCAUGAACGCGCUGAUGAAGCUGAACCAGCUGAAGCCGGGGCUGCAGUACAAACUCGUCUCGCAGACGGGCCCCGUCCACGCUCCCAUCUUCACGAUGUCCGUGGAGAUCGACGGAAGCACCUUCGAGGCUUCGGGGCCUUCCAAAAAGACGGCGAAGCUCCACGUGGCCGUCAAGGUCCUGCAGGAUAUGGGGCUUCCGACGGGUGCCGAAGGCAAAGAAUCCGGGAAAGGAGACGAAUCCGCAGAGGAAACGGAACAGAAACCCAUCGUCGUCGCUCCUCCGCCCGUCGUCGAAACCGUCGCAGCGCCCGCGGCCGCUUCUCCGCCUGCGGAUCAGACCCCCGAGAACGUGAAGCAACAGGGACCAAUCCUGACGAAACACGGGAAGAAUCCGGUGAUGGAGCUGAACGAGAAGCGCCGCGGCCUUAAGUACGAGUUGAUUUCGGAAACGGGCGGCAGCCACGACAAGCGCUUUGUCAUGGAGGUGGAGGUGGACGGGCAGAAAUUCCAAGGAGCCGGAUCCAAUAAGAAGGUGGCCAAGGCCUACGCCGCGUUGGCCGCGUUGGAGAAGUUGUUUCCGGACGCUCCGGUUCCCAUCGAGCAAAACAAGAAGAAAAGAGCGCCGGUGCCUGCGCGGGGAGGCCCCAAGUUUGCCGUAAAACAACACAACCCGGGAUUCGGGAUGGGAGGCCCAAUGCACAACGAGGUCCCUCCGCCGCCCACCAUGCGCGGCCGCGGCCGAGGCGGAAACCUCCGCGGGCGCGGCAGAGGCCGAGGCGGCUUCGGGGGCAACCACGGCGGCUACAUGAACGCAGGUGCCGGCUACGGAAGCUACGGCUACGGAGGGAAUUCCGCCACGGCCGGUUACAGCCAAUUCUACAGCAAUGGCGGUCACUCCAACUCCGGCGGCGGCGGCGGCUCCUCCGGCUACGGUUCCUACUACCAAGGUGGCGGCGGCGGCGGCGAUAACUACAGCUCUCCGGGGCCGAAACACGGCGGGAAGAAGCAACAACACGGAGGCCAACAGAAGGCGGCCUACGGAUCGGGGUAUCAAUCCCACCAGGGCCAACAGCAGCAAUCCUACGGCCAAAACCAAUACGGCAACUACGGACCACCGCCCGGAAAGCAGAAAGGCUACAACCACGGCCAAGGGAAUUAUUCCUCUUAUUCCAACUCCUACAACUCCCCCGGCGGCGGCGGAGGCUCCGAUUACAACUACGAGAGUAAAUUCAGUUACGGCGGCAACAGCGGCCGCGGCGGCAACAACUACUCCGGCGGUUCCUCCUACAACACCGGCUCCCACGGCGGCUACGGAGGCGGCUCCGGCGGCGGCGGCUCCUCCUAUCAAGGCGGAUAUUCCUCCCAAUCCAACUACAACUCUCCCGGCUCCGGCCAAAACUACAGCGGCCCCAGCUCCUACCAGGCAUCGCAAGGCGGUUACGGCAGGAACGACCACAGCAUGAGUUACCAGUACAGAUAAACCGCCCCUUCCCGCCGGGAAAAGGCUCUUUUCCGGCCUCGCGGCGAUCCCGUCUCCCCCGGUUUCAUGUUGCCGUGCUCGUCGUCAUCCCGGUCACCGAUGGUUUGAGUCCCCGCCAUUCCGUAGUAGCUGUGUUUGGGCAUC